UUGUCUUCACCAACAAACCGUAAAUAAAAGUAUCGCUGCGCGCGAUAAUUUAUUGUUAUAUAUAUAAAAUUAACGGUUUUACCGUUCGUUUUUUAAAUUCGAUUAAUAUAGCUGUUGUAAUUCGAAUUGAUUACUAAGAUACCUACCUAUCUUUUGGAAAGUUUUUACUUUCAGGAUGGAUGAUAUAGACAAUAAUACAUGUGUGACCGCUAUUAUUGAGGAGCCGCGACACGAUUUAUCGCGGGAUUGUGUACCAAAGCCAACUCAAUCCAGCUCUCGGAAACGUGCACGCUCAGUUAGAAGUUCAUCCAGUAGCAGCCACUCUUCGUCAAGUGAUACCACGGAUUCCACGUCCUCCUCCGACCGAAAGAAGAAACGUGGCCACAAAAGAAGGAGGGGCAAACACAGUCGUAAAUCACGAAAAGACGAUCGGCAGAUGCACAAGUUAUUUCGAGAGCUUAUCUGUGGUCACAGAGCGGAAGUUUUACAAAAGCGCCGAGCCGGAAUAACUAAUCAGGUUCGUGAUCCUUUAAUGAGGGCAACGCUAAGCAAGAUCCCACCAUCGGACCGGCAUUUAUUCGAAUGUGAAGCGUUUACCGCUGCCCUUGAGAAGAUGGGCGGAGUUAAGAAGACUUUCUGGCCCUUAUCUAAACCUACAAGUGGCUCCGUUGCGCAAGCAGGACCAAGUAAUGUUACACGCCACCCCCCCCCAGGGGUCGGCUCGCUAUCAUGGACCCUCGCAGGGUACCAGCCAUGGAUGCUGCGCCUCUUUGCCUCAUCCACAUUAUCAAUACCGCCAGUCCUCACAGGACUGCUAUCAUGAACGCCCUCAACAACAGAACAAUCUGAGUGACCGUCGCACGGCGCCUGCAAGUAACAACAGAAGUUCAUUUCGCUCACGAGGUGGCCGCCAAACCUACAAGCCGCAGAGUCAGGGCAAAGGAAACCGUAAACGCCCCGGAGUCUCCUCUGACUAUAACUCUGGGAACAAAAAUCGUAAGUACUGACUCGAUAAAAUUCAGGGCGGGUCAACUGGCACGAUUUUACAAUCGAUGGGAGGAAAUGGGGGCUCCAAACUUUCUGUUGCGCAUAAUAACAGGGUAUCGCAUACCCUUUCUUCUAAAACCACCCCUAAUCUGGCCACAUGUGAGGAAAGGUCCUUACAUCACACAGGAGUCCGAAUCGAUGUCGGCACUCAUCAGUCAGAUGAAAGACCAAGGUGUGUUAGAAGUAGUGCCGCUUUCCCCGAGCUUCCUGUCAACCAUGUUUCUUGUGCCAAAGAGCGAUGGCUCCGAUCGCCCAAUAUUCAACCUAAGAGCCUUAAACAACUAUGUAAAAACGGAACCCUUCCGCCUGAUAAAUGUAUUUCGUGUACCAGAGUUCCUUCAGCCAGGCGACUGGCUUUGCAAAAUAGACCUAUCGCAAGCGUACUUUCAUUUACCGAUUUCUCCGGCACACAGGAGAUUUUUGCGCCUCAUUUAUCAAGGGGAACUUUUAGAAAUGACCUGCUUACCCUUCGGCCUCAGUACAGCACCGAAGGUGUUUGCUUCCCUGAGCAACUGGGUCGCUCAGACAUUGCGGGAGCAGAAUCUGCGCAUAAUUGUCUAUUUAGACGAUUUUCUGGUGGCUCAUCAAGACAAAGACACUCUGCAAACUCAUGUUCAUACUCUCCUGAACCGUCUGGAAUAUCUAGGGUGGCAAGUCAACCUAAAGAAAUCUGUUGUAUUCCCGCAGAAGAGUCUUGUGUACCUGGGAGUUCAGUGGGAUCCCUGGGACAACACAAAAUCCCUUCCACAGGACAAGGUCGAAAACGUUAUUCACAAGGUCUCUUUAAUGCUAAACUUAGGCAAGGCUUGCCUGCAAGAAUUACAAAGCCUAGUGGGCCUUCUAAACUUUGCGAGUUUUGUAGUACCACAGGGCAGACUACAUCAUCGGUCUCUGCUCAGCUUCCUAAAUGCGUCUCUGACUAUGCCAGUCAGGAAGGAGAUCCCCUUACCAGACGAAGUCCUAGGAGAUCUCCGGUGGUGGCUUCACAACUGCCACCAGCCAUCUGCUAUCCAUCUGCCACCACCAACUCAUUUUGUGACCACAGAUGCCUCCGAUCUGGCUUGGGAGCUCAGGUGGACAGUUAUGCAGUGUCGGGUACGUGGACCGCUCAAGAACGGCAUCUACAUUGCAAUCUCAAGGAGAUGUUGGCGAUCUUAAAGGUGCUCGAAUCCCACGGGCCUGUAAUGGGCAGGUCCACUGCCCUGUUUCAGUGCGACAAUCGAACAGUUGUGUCCCACUUGCGAAACGAGGGCGGUACGAGGUCACCAUCUCUAAUGGAAGUAACUCGGAGAGUGUUCAACUUACUAGAGUUUCAUCAAAUAAAUCUUACACUCAGUUAUAUACCCGGCAUUUACAACGGACAUGCAGAUCACCUAUCCAGACACAAACGAGCUCCAGAGUGGCAUCUUCUACCCGCAUGCACGGACAAGAUAUUUCACAAGUUUGGUAUUCCGGUAGUGGAUCUAUUUGCGUCCAGUCGGGCAAAGGUGGUAUCCAACUACGUGUCUUUGGAUUUAACAGACACCCAAGCUUUAUUCCACAAUGCCUUUUCCCGGCAGUGGAACUACCACCUGGCGUGGGUGUUCCCACCACCGUACCUAAUACCCAAGGUGCUAGCCCAUCUCAACUCGGCGAUCGGGCUGUACCUGUUAAUUGUCCCCCGGUGGGGUCGAGUGUUCUGGCGGGCCGAUCUCAAAGCCCGAGCAGUAGCAGCUCCGUGGUCGAUCACCAAUCUCAGGGAGAAUAUAAUAGACACCACGACCGGCCUGCCACCCCCCAAGGUUCAAGAGAUGGCGCUCGAAGUAUGGAAGUGUGGGGGUGGUCGAAAAGUUUAACAGGUUGGAAUGAAGACCAAAUACUAUUACUUAAAGCCUCGUGGCGUCCUUCCACUCUUAGAACCUACAAGGUAGCAUGGGAUCGAUGGGUAUCUUGGUCUAAAAAGCAUAAUUUUGACCCUUGUCAUCCUACCGGGCCCAUCGUUGCUAGAUAUCUGGCAGACCUACAUCUAAUCGACAAGCUUUCUUACAACACUAUUUUACUUCAUAAAUCGGUGGUGGCUACACUUAGCAAUGCUGAGGAUGCUGGACGAAUAAGUUCGCAUACAUUUGUUAAGCACGUCUUAAAGUCAAUUGCUUUAAAGAAGCCGAUCACCCGAAAGCCUCCAGUCUGGAAUAUAGAUGCACUGACCGCCUUCUUAAGUUCUAACACUAUAGAUGGAAAUAACGCUUUUGCUGUUUCUCGGCAUACAGCAACACUCCUCCUCCUGUGCUCGGGCAGACGAGUUCAUGACCUCACAUUGCUGUUAGUGGACUCAGAUCAUUGCGUCGACGAUGGCAGCAGCAUCGUUUUAAAACCAAUAUUUGGCUCUAAAACCGACAGUGCCACUCAUAGGCAAUCGGGUUGGAAGUUACUGCCUAAUGCCAGUGAUAAAAAUCUGGAUCCUGUUUUUUGGGUAAGAAGAAUGAUUGUUCUCCUUAGGGAUAGACGAGUUUCGGGUAACUGUCCAAACUUAUUUAUAAACAUCAGAGGACAAGCAAAGGCGGCAUCUCGUACUGUGAUUGCGGGAUGGGUUAAAACUGUACUAACCGAGGCUGGUAUACCCGUUACACCGGGAAGUCUACGUUCAGCUGUGUCUUCGAAAAAUUGGUCUGAUAACCUUCCUCUCGAUGAGAUUCUGUCCAGAGGAAAUUGGAGUUCCAAAGAUACUUUUACACGUUUCUACAGGCGAGAGGUAAUGCCAGCCCCUGCUAGCAACAGCAUUACUAGAAUGUUUAAUGCAGCUGAUUAAAAUUUGAUUUUCAAUACCUAUUGAUCUGUUGAUUAUUACAAUGCUGAUGUUUGUUAUUACGAUUUGUUAAUUAUUGUUUAUUUUUUUGUUUGUACAAGGUAAAUAUUAUGUUUUAUUGAAU